CGUGUUUGAUGCUUAUCACACCGACAUAAAGCUUACUUGUUAUGGUUGCACUAAUGCGCUAUUACGUAUUCAAAUGUAUGCAUGCCUGAAAUGUUGAUACAACCGCGUUAGAAUUUGCGAAACUUGUUCAAACAAGUGACACGGCACACUCCGGAAGACUGCAGCGGACAAAGAAUUUGAAAUGUAUUUAAACAACUGACAGGGUUGCCAAGAAAAUCAUUUCACUGUUACUAAAUCGGUUAGACCAUGUUUGCUUUAAGGAUUUGUACGGUUUUGGCUGUGUUUUCCCUAACCGCGGAAGGUAAGCUACUUAUAAUAUUACUAUACUUUGUAUUUUAUUAUUUACAUAGCGUUGUUAGUUUAUUAUAUAGCCGGAUUUGCGGUUUAUAUAACAUGCUAUACAUCCAGGUACGGUCAACUUAACUGCUCUUUUAUAGGGUGACUAUAGUAUGGCACGGACUGAUUUCAGAAUUCAGGUUUUGCUAAAUGUUAAAGCUGAAUAUUAUAAUUACUGAUAUCGCAAGGCCAGUUUUGUAUACUUACAUGUAAGUGGACCUGAAAUCGACAAAAUAAAUCCCAAUGUGUAAAUUUCAGUGCACUUUAAGUACGCGUCUCCUCUCUGUUUAUACAUUAUAGUUUUCCUUCAGUAAUUCGAUAAUGAUUUUACGUCCUUGAGUGCUAACUCUCUUUCUCUAUAUAUAUUUAUAUAUAGCUACGUGCAAUUGGUUUUUGCUUGACUAAUGUUUGAAGGACAUUAUUAAAAGGCGAAACGCAUGCACAGACAAGGAAAUAAAAAUUGUGAGGACUCAAAUUAAACUCUAUUAGUUGUAAUAUAUAUAAUGGAGCGUCACCAUGCAUAUAUAUAUAUUAUAAAUAUAUAUAUAUUAAACUACCUACAUGCAGGCAUCAAUAAUAGUCUUACAAAUAUGGUUGUUAGUCGACCAUUAAAAUGAUGCAGUAGUUACUAUAAUAUAUAUAUAUAUAUAUAUAUAUAUAUAUAUAUAUAUAUAUAUAUAUAUAUAUAUAUAUAUAUAUAUAUAUAUAUAUAUAUAUAUAUAUAUUAAUACCUUUACUGUACAUAAAUAUAUAUAGUUCUAUUACGUGCAAAACAGCAUUUUUUUUUCCAAAUGUUUUGCUCUUUGCGUAUGUUUUCCUCCUUGAAGAGAUUUCGCUGUAAGCUCUUAGGUUAAGAUUUCCCUUUGCGGGAGAAACGGUUAUUUUGAAUGCGCUAUAGUUACGCAGUAUAUUUUAUAUCUAUAUAUCUGUGCUUGUUGUUAUGUUGCCAUUUUACUCAACAAGUGCGUGGGUUGAAUUCCAGAAGUCGGUUUUAAUUUGAGGGUACGCCAUUCAGAUUUUACUAAUAUUAAUAAUUUUAGAACGCAUUGAUUCCUAAACAUGAACCUCAGUCAGUGCCUAAUGCAAAUCUGGGUAUAAUGAUAGAUAUUAUUUUGAAUUGAUGAGAAUCCUUAACUUAAGGGGGGAAGUCUUUGCAGACUAUUUUGUGCUGUUAAGGAAUUCGAAAGUAUAUAAAUGCGACUAUAUAUAUAUUUUGAAAAUUAUAAAAUUCAACAUGAAUUAACCUCCUAUUAUAUUCCUGAACUGAUUGCUUUAUGCCUUUAAAUUAAUUUGUCCAGACUGUCUGGCCCAAGAGUCAAGAAUAGGCUCAUAUUCUGAUUGUGUAAACAAGAUAUGCUGUAUGCAUGGUUUCGGGAGCUUUCCAAAGUGACCUUUUGAAUGGUUUUGUCUAGUUUUUUUAUCUAAUAUAUAUGAUAUGAUAUGGUUCUAUUUUGAGUUUUGCCAUAUUAAUUAUGUCGGCACUGCCAUUGUUUUAUAAUUCAACUUUUGAUAUACUAGCCUGUGUCCAUAUAAAACUAUGUCAAAUGGUCUAUAUUUAAGGCAUAUGUUAUGUCUCUGCCUCUGGUAAAACGUAUGCAUUAAAAGUUUAUGCCUUAAAUUAAUUAUCUUGUCUUCUCGACUAUCAAUUCUAUAUUUCUAUAUAAUUACUUUAUUAUUUUGUUUCUUCACUGUGAAUAACGGCUAGAGUUGUGGAUUAUUUCGAGGAUUAAUACUGGACGUGACAUGAUUAUCGUCUGCAAUCAAACUCAUUUAAAUGCUAAUGUUGAAUCGGCAUUCCCACUUUGAUUUCAUUUGAUGCUUUAAUUCUCUUUCAUGGCUACUUACAGUCUAAAACUUUGAUUUUCAAUGUUAAACCACCUUAACAGUUAUAAGGAAGAUAUAUAUUGUAAAAAUCGUCCUCUGCAUGGCUCUGAUUCUAUAAUGAGCAGCUGGUUAGCUAUAUACUUCGAUCUACUCGAUUAUAGUCAAUAUAGUCAUAGACGUUUCAUUAGUAAUAACUAAUAAAAGUUUUGCCUGGACACAUUUUAUUUUGUUGUCUGCAUGUGAAUUUAUAAUUCUGUUGUGUUUGGUGAUAUAGAUUGCGUGACUUGUCUGUAUUUCUGCGAAAUUAAGUUCUCAAAUUAAGAAUCUCAAGAGUCUCAAGUCUAAAAGAAGUUGCCGCUUAUUUUAAUAACAAAUUGCCAAAUGUAUAUAAUUCUUUUCCCUUGAGAUAUUCGGAUUGUAUUUAAUACUUUCAACGUGUUGACCCUCGACAGGGGUGUAAAAGCUGCAAAUUCUUUGCAUUUCCUUGAGUUUUUUUGUUCCGUUUUGUAUACGUCAAGCGUUUGAAGAAUGUUUAAUAAAGUAAUUCGGGUCAGCAUGCGAAAUCAGGAAAUGGAGACUUUAAUCUCUAUAUUGUGACAAAAAAAGAGUUGUUGUUGCGAGGCGGGUGUGUAACUGUAUACUUGUAACUGUUGCUGCGACAUAGUGUUGUUAACAUGCCUGCUAAAUGUGGGAAAAUAUGACAAAAGUGAAAAGAUUUAUGGCGUGUUUUGGCCCAGGUGUAUUUUAUACUUAACGCAGCAGGUCGCUUUCGUCUUGCCUGUUGACUUUCUUUGUCUCGCUCCCCGGCUGAUUUAACGACGAUAUUUGCUAAACAAAACAAGUACUAGGCGACAUGUCAUACUGUAGAGAUACAAUGAGUCAUCAUUAAAUCACUUAUAGUUUCUCCUUUUGCACAUACUGCCGAAUAUCGUACGGUUUCAUCACGGGAUUGAAUUCAUGUCCAUUUCGAAAUCAAACUGCAGAACAGUCGAGAACAAUAGUGAUUUUGAAAACGAUUAAUGCGAUUAAAGGGGAUUCCUUGUAUAUAAAGUAUAUAUUAAAAUAGUUUGGCCAACCGCUGUGAGAUAAAUUUAGACGUAAAUAAGCGAUUCGAAAGCUAAAUUAGGUGUAACGUUUUCUUUGUGCAAGUUAUUUUUGCCAACGGCUCUCGAAAACACCGUGCGAACUUUUGCCAUGUUAUGGCACUGCACGUUUAGAAAGUUAAGAGGGCAACGUCAUCACAGUUUUUGAACCAGAAUGCCAUACAACCUGCCAUAAUAUCGAUUUUAGCUGGUUUAAAUCGUCAUCAGGUCUAUUUUAUUGCUACAUAUUUAUAUACGUGCCGGAAGAACAGAGAUGCUUUGACAGACUAAUGAGGUCUGAACGCUGUAUGCAUAACUGGAGUACUGAUAACUUUAGUCGAGCGGUAAACAAGAGCCAUUGGCCGCACUGCGGGUUCCCGCAGAGACCUCAGUUGUGGAUCUCCUAUUCUCGUGAGAAUUAGCAAGAACCUGCGAAUUCGAAUUCUAAUUAAUCAUAAUCAUUCUCAUCACCAGAGCCAUUUUCACUUGGUCUGGCGUUUGACCUCUUUGACUGAGUAACGGCACAUAUUAUAUCACUUUGAAAUAUAGGCCUACCACAAUUUGUUUUUCUCUUUACUUCAUUACAAAGUUUUGGAAGGUUAAUUAUUCAAGCUUUUAAAAUACGUCUUGCGAUAAUUUUAAAAGUGGUCAUGUCGCAGACGCUCCCUUUGAGAAACAUUUUCUAAAAAAAAGAAGCUAUUUCGUUGUUCUGACAACCCAAUAAAAAUCGCUGUCGGUAUAGCUUGUUAACAACUUGUUACGCUGCACGUAACAAGUUGUUAACAAGUUGAUGAAAACAAGCUCAUAGCAACUUGUUAUACGAACAGCUUGUAUUAUAGUCUUGUCAGAAUAGCUUGUAGCAAUUAAGUCUGUUACAGUCAUCCAUCUGCUCAUCCUUCUAUUAUAUAUAGUUAAUCCAAUAAUAUGCUGGGCUAUUUGGCCAGAUUAGCUUUGCUGUUCCAAAUAGCCUGUGCUUCGAUUAUUUGUUUAAUUAUAUGACUAUAUACUUUUAAACUAUGUAUUAUUGUUGGCACAAAUAAAUCUUUGAAUCUUGAAUCUUGAAUCCAACCUUGUAACAAGAUGAUAACAACUUGUUCAAGACUAACAGACUUGUCACAACAAGCCUCAUCCAAUAAUUGUCAAUUGCUAAAAAUAGCAAACGUAAACAUAAACAAAAUAUAUAUUUAAAGUGUAUUUAAAAGAGACAACAAACUAUCACAACAGUUAAUCCGGUCUUGUGAAUGACUUUUAAAGUUUGAAAAAGAACAAUUCAAGUGUGUAUCAAAUUAUAUUUUGACACUAAUAUUAUAACUUCAUGACUUGCUGACAUAAAAUUGACAUGUCACGCAACUCUUAACGUUGUAUUGUUAUCUAUUUCCCCAGGCUCCAGAAAGUGCUCACAUAAGAAGCAAGAUCUAUUCAUCGUGGUAGAUGGAUCGAGAAAAGUCGGUGCCGAUGAAUUCAACCAAGCGAAAACGUUUUUGCAAGAUUUCGUAACUCGCCUGGACGUAGGUCUCGGCAAGACUCAUGUUGGCUUACUAUUGGUCGACCGUAAACAAAAAACAAAAAUUGAGAUCAGUUUAGGUCAAUAUGACUCGAAAAAUUCUUUGAGUAAUGCCAUUGGUCGAAUCAAACAUCACAAAAGGCGUAGAUCUGAUAUGGCGCAUGCUUUGGAACUUGUGCAAAACAAGGUGCGUAUGUGUUGUGUGCCUAUAUCAGUGAGCUCACGCUCAUGGAUUUCAUGUGGGCCCUCCCCAUUCGAACCCCCCCCCCCUACUUAUAUAUUAUAGACAUUGACAUAUACUUAUAUAUAAACAGCAUUGACAUACUUGUAUAUAAAAUAUAUUUGUUGUAGUUUUCUGUAUAUUUGAUAUAAUAUAUUAGUGUAAUUUACAAUUCUUUUGCUAAAUCCAUCUGAUUGGUUUAUUUUUUGGCACGUGAUGCCUUUUAUAUCCACUAGUAUAAAAAUUCAUGUAAUUUUCCUGAUGACUAUUUUUUAGAUAGCUGAAUCUCUAUCAAUCCGAAGCUUUCUUAUAUAGGAAUCUAUAUUUGUUUUAGUGUGAACUUUACCUUGCCUGAAACAAACCAUAUCGUUGGUAACUUGAUUACUUGAAUGCGUUUGCAUUAUAGGCAAUAUAAUAUAUAUCUUUAUAUCUGAUUUACUAUGGCUCGCUCUCGGAUUGCUUUGUUAAUCAGAUACAGAUCAGCUUCAUGCGCAUGCUUUGUAUACUACUUUAAGACUCAUUAAUAAUUCAUGAGGAAAACACAAAUUUACUUUGAUUUUAAAUAAACUUGGUAACUUUGAUUUUCUCGACUUACACAACGUAUUUUUUUUAAAUGAUUUCGCCAAUGAACUUACUAGAUCGAUCGUUUUUGAAACAAUUUAAAACAUUCGCAGUGCGUGUUUUAUCGGACCUAAAGGUACUCAGCUUCGCCUCGUAUCUUUAUAUCCGAUAAAACACUGCUGCUCAUGUUUUAAAAUUAUUUAACUGUACAUUAAAUAUAAUAGAAUGGAAUUGAAUAGAAUUUAAUUAAUAGGAUACAACGGAAUAAAAUGAAAUGAAUAGAAUGAAUGGAGUUGCAUAAACUAGAAUGAAAUGAAAUUGAAUAGAAUAGAUUAGAAUCGAAAGAAUUGACUUGAAGGAACAGCCUUCAAUAGAAUUGAACAGAAUAUAGUGGGUGCAGUAGAAUUGAAUGGAAUAGAAUAUAUUCGAUUGGAAUGUUAAUAUAAUAGAAUCGAGCAAAAAAAGAAUACAACUAAAAUUCAAUCGGAUUGUCUGGACGGAGCAGACUUCAAUAGAAUGGAACAGAAUAUAAUGGGUGCAGUAGAAUUGAAUGGAAUGGAAUAGAAUAGAUUCGAUUGGAAUGUUAAUAUAAUAAAAUCAAGCAAAAAAAGAAUACAACUAAAAUUCAAUCGGAUUGACUGGACGGAGCAGACUUCAAUAGAAUGGAACAAAAUAUAAUGGAAUGCAGUAGAAUUGAACGGAAUAGAAUAAAUUCGAAUGUAUUGUUUAGUAUAAUAGUAAAUAACAAAAAAUAUAAUAGAACUAAAUUCAAUCGGAUUGCAUAUAAAAGAACAUAAUAGAAUAGGAUAAAAUAUAAUAGAAAAUAAAUUUUACCUCUAAAGGACAGCCUCAUCAUCAAAGAUUUUUUUCGUAAGAUCACUAAAAUAUAAAUAGCCAUAAACUAUUAAAUUAAUGAGCUGAAAGAUUAGGAACGAGAAUAGGUUGAAGUAGAAAGAAUAGACAUAAGGGACAAAAUGAAGUAGAUCUGUAACAUUUACAACCUUAUAAUCGCUUUCUCAACGUUUAGGUGUUCACAAACAAAGAUGGCGACCGACGGAAAGUGAGUGAUGUACUCAUCAUAUUUACAAGCAGAAUUCAUCCUACUCAGCUUGAGGAUGUUUUAAAGCGAGCUCAUAAACUAAAGAAAAAAAAAGUGGAAAUUAUCACCGUGUAUUUUCAACGCACUAAGAUGGCGUGGAAUGUAAAAGAUGAGUUGACAGCCAUUGCAUCAAUACCACAAAAUGUCUUGACUCUUCAGUCAAAUAAGAAGUUGAGAAGGACGUUGAAACGGAGAAUAUGUCCUUCUGUUCGUGCAAUGCGUGAGUAUUGUUUGUACUUUGAACUAUUUGAAGUGUUUCGACCCUAAAGAAUAUACUGGAUGUUUUUCUAAUUCGAGACAUCUGACCAGGUAACAAUAGACACCUCCCGAAUUUGCUUGAAUCGAUAUCAUGCACACGAAACAUUAGUAGCUUGAAAUCGAGACCAAUUAUGCAAUCCAUUGUACUUUGAUUUUUGUUACUUUUACUCUUUCUCGACCUACAUAAACUUUACUUUAAUUAAGAGCGAAUGCUGGGAAGAUUGAAGGAAACGUAUGUUAAAACAUAUGGUCUUCUGCACGCCUAAAAAUCUCACAGCUUGUUAACGAAAUGUAUUCGCACCGUUUGUUUCCAGUUGUGAGUUGUUCACAAGUCUGGAACAAGUUAUCCUCUUGCAACAAGGUUGAUGAGGCCAACAAACUCGCAACAAGUUGUUCCAACAAGUCUGAUAUCGUCUCCACGCGUCACAAGUUGUUAACAAGUUGAUGGCAACAAGCUCGUAGCAACUUGUCACGAACAGCCUGUAUAGCGUGUGUUAGUCUUCUUGGAACAACUUGUAGCGAGUGUAAAAGUGUGUGUGGUACCGUCAUCAACCUUGUAACAAGGUGAUAACGACUAAGCAGUGUGAACAAAUCCUGAUAUCAGCUUCAUUUGCUUUGUUACGACUUGUUUGCUAAAUUCUUUGAAAACACUUCUCAAUUUCAAUUUAUGUGAAUAACGUACGACUGCGAAGUAUAGUUAAUUCUUAUAAAACGCAACCUGUUGCCCACAUACUGACCUCGCACUAACGAUAUUAAGCAUGUACGACUGGAACACGGUGGCGUUGAACCAAAUGAUUGCAGAAGAACUCGUUGAACCUAAUGAUUGCCGAAGAAAAGCUGUUGUUAUAAUUAUCCAUUGUAUGAAAAAUAAUGCAGUUUAAGGAUCAACGUUAAUACAGGAUUUAUGAUUGAGAAAGGUUCUAGGAUCCAAUUCAAAGUAGCAGUUGUCCCAGACUCCCAGCUUGAAAUGCAAAGGCUCAUUUCCACUGAAGAAACAUUUCUACGGACAGAAAAUCUUCCGAAAAUAUCAUUGUUAAAAGUUGAAAAUUUUCAACUUCAAAAUUUUUCUUCGAUGUAAAAUUUGUGUCGGACAAUCACAUUUUACAAAAUUUUCUUUCUGCGGAAAAUUUUCCUGAGUGGAAAUGGGCCUUAAGCGUUGUAAACAGAGCGACGUCUUAGUUAAAACUGCCUGUGGGAUUGUAAUUGUUCGUAUAUGUUCAUUUUCUUGUAUUAAUAUCAUAUUAAUAUCCGUCUUCGUUGCACUUUCGUCUUCCUUGUUGAGGCUCUUAAUAACUGUGGUCCUUUAUAAUUAUACAUGUAGAAGUCGGUAAAAGUUAAGGCUGUUUCUCGUCACAUCCGCGUACUUGAUUGCGCCUCCGAACUGUUUGGGCGACGGGGGCUCUGGCGCCCCUGGGCAUUCCUUGCUAACGCAAUAUCAAUAUUUCCUUCAGAUCCAGCCAAAGGAUGUGUGCGACAAAAUCACGACGUAUUUUUUGUCCUGGAUGGCUCAGGCAGUAUUACACUUUCGUACUUUGAAAAAAUGAAGUCGUUUCUCAUUAGAUUAAUUGAGCAGCUGGAUGUUGGCUCACAAAGCACCCAUGUGGGGCUACUACAAUUCAGUCACAGCCUUAAGACUAAGAUCGAGUUCAGUUUGGGAGAACAUAAUACGUUUGAGAAGAUUAAAGAGGCCAUUUCAAAAAUGCCAUAUCAGGAAGGCGGAACGGAUACUGGGAAUGCUUUGGAGGUUGUUAAUACAGAGGUGAGUGUUUUAAUAACGGCAGAUAUUGAAAUAUAAGUGAGUUUGGAAAAUACAACGGCAACACAGGGUUGUUUGCAAAGAAAGAUAAAUUUUAAGAGGCAAACAAAACCUGGUUGAAUGCUGGGUUUGGUGGAUAAUCCAAGUGAGCAUAUGCGCACAUAAUUCCAUAGAAAUCGAACCUGUGGCUCUGCGAUUCCGGUGCAGUGCUCUAACCAACUGAGCUACUGCCCAUAAAUCUUAAAACUUCAUGUUUAAAUUUUUAGGUUUUCUCUGAAAAUGUUUUAUACCGUCCGAACGUUUCCGACGUUGUCGUGAUCCUCACCGACGGUGAAGCACGUGACCGGAAGAAGGCUCUUGAAGAGGCGGGAAAGUUGCGCGAGAAAGGUGUGCAUAUCAUAGCUAUAGGAAUGGGCGAGGAAACGACCGUAGCAACAUUUAGAGAAGAUCUAAAAUUGAUGGCUUCCAGGUCUAGCGAUGUCUUCACUGCAAAUUUUAAGAAAUUACCAUAUCUGGUGAAAACCCUGACGUCAGAAAUCUGUUACGCAAGGCCACCGAAAGGUAUGAAACGUGUUCACAUACUGUGCUGGGCUUUCCGCCUGGGAAAUCAUUCACUGUUGUUAAAUAUUUCUAUUUAAAAAUUUCAGCAUUGAAAUGUGCCCACCAAAAGCGUGAUAUCUUAAUGGUCGUCGACGGCUCCUCGAGCGUUGGCCAUCGAAAUAUUAAGAAGGUCAAGGCAUUCUUGCAAAAACUGGUAUUGGAACUGCACGUCGGGAAAGAAAACAAUCGGGUUGCGCUGAUGCAGUUCAGCGAAAAAGCCAAGACGAAGCCUGAAUUUGGCUUUGAUCGGUUUUAUGAACCGAGGCAAAUUGGCAGAGCAAUCAGUAAAAUGGCGUAUCAUGCCGGACUGAAGACCAUGACAGGAUAUGCUUUGGGGCUCGCCAAUGAUAUGGUAUGGAAAAUAUUUUACCAGUGUUGAGCAGUUAAAUUAAGUAUUUGAGUUGUCCCAAUUUCCAUGGCUACUUCAUGCAGGGUGCUACAUUUCGAGAAGAGUAAAAUUCAAGAAACUGAGUUCCCAUUCUAAAUUUGGCACUGUUGUUAGUUACUUACACUCAUCUACAAAAAAUAUUUGGACCAUGUCUACACACGUUAGAAAGCGCAAGUUGUUAAAGAUCUGCAAACAAGUUGUAACAAGGUUGCUGUCAAGCCGAUACCAGGAUGUGUUCUCACUGCUUGUUCCCAGUUGUUGGGACAAGUCUGGAACAAGUUGUUAUCACCUUGUUACAAGGUUGAUGACGAUAACAGAAGUUGUUCCAGCAACACUAACACAGAAGUUGCUACGAGCUUGUUGUCAUCAACUUGUUAACAACUCGUUACGUGCAGACGAUAUCGUACGGAACAAUUUUCUUGGAACAAAUUGUUGUGAGUCGGUUGGCAUUAUCAACCUUGUUAAAAUGAUAACAACCAGGCAACAAGCUUGUAUCAGACUUGUCAACAACUGGGAAGAAGUAGUGCGAACAUAUCUUGUUGACAAUCUGCGAGAUUUUUGUGCGUGCAGUUGGUUCAUAAUCUAGAUACUCUUUUAUUAUAUAGUAGAGAGUGAGAUACUGAAAAACUUGCAGUGAGAUAUUUUCGAUAUCUUCACUAGUGAAGAUAUCGAUCACGCGACUUUUUCCAAUUUGCUUUUGAGCGUGAAAUUUCACAAUUUUUUGCUUGGGACUAUAUAAUAAACAGAACAUUACACGGUGGCUUGAAGAUAUGACUUAUCUUCUCGUGUUAAAAACAAUAUUUUACGAAUAUUUUACUCGCUGCGCUGGUUCGUAAAAUAUUGUUUUUACCACUCGAAGAUAAAAGUCAUAUCUUCGCGCAGCCGUAUAAUAUCCUCUAUGUAUUAUAUUAGCAGAUAGAGUUAUAACGUUGUUUUCAACUCAGAGCUUCGCAAUUUAACAUUUAUUCUUCUGUUUGUUUAGAUAUUCACAGGUAACCAUGGUGACAGAGCACAGGCGAGUGACGUAGUUAUCCUGGUGGCUGACGGCGGUGCGCAUGACCAGACUCAGGCCCUAGAAAACGCGGCCAAAUUAAAACAACGAGGAGUUCAUAUUGUGACUGUAUACAUCCCAAACUCAAAGCACGCGGGUGAAUUUAAACAUGUUCUUCGGAAUAUCGCGUCAAGUCCUAGCGAUUUUUACACGUCCAAUUUUGAUGAACUUAAAUAUAUUGCCGCUGACCUUGUCAAAGUUGUUUGCAGUAGCAAAUGAAAACUUUGUACUAAUAGAGCUCACUCAGUCUGGCGUAGAAAUACCAAUUCUGGCCUACUGAUCGAGGACAACAACAUUAAAUGAUUAUGCUCUAUAUUAGAGUGCUUAUAAAGUGUGCGACGUCUCUGUCACUACAAACCCACGCGGAACGCAGAAACAUGGAAUACAUUGUGCGACAUUCAUACAAAGUAGUAAAUCUUAGGUAUAUCCGAUUCGAUUUGCUGCUGAACACGUUCGAAAUAGUGGCAAUCAUUAUUGUUGGCGGGGAAGGGGCGGAAGAUAUUUGGAGGGCCAUGCGAAAUUUUUUGACUACUAAAGGCCAUGUUACACGGUGCAAUUUUUCUUGCAACUUGCAAUGCAAUUCUACUCUUGAGAGAUGUAAAAUUGCCAAAUACGAGUCUUCAUUACACUCCGCUGAUGUUUUCUCAACAUAUCGAAAAUUCUUCACUGAUUUCACUAAUUAACAUCUCUCAAGAGUAGAAUUGCAUUGCAAGUUGCAAGGAAAAUUGCACCGUGUAACAUGGUCUUAAGUGUGUGUGUGUGUGUGUGUGUGUGUGUGUGUGUGUGUGUGUGUG